CAAAGGUGGAUUGAGCACGGUUUGUUGUUGUUAAAAGUGGAACAAAUUUAUUUCCCAACUCUUUUGCUUUUUUUUGUUUUAAAUGCUUCGGUUUUAAUCCGAUCAUUUACACGUUUUUUUGUAACAUAAAUGUGCAUUUUGCAACAUUAUCCGAUCUACCAGCACACAGUGUUCCCGCGCACCGCAUUGGUUUGACAUUAAUGGCAAAACGUAAACAAAAUCACCACAUUUCCCCCCACAGCACACGCACACCGUGGAAACUUUCACUUUCUGCACGAUUCACAAACAAGCAAAACAGUGAAGAAGUAUCAUCCGGUUCGGUAACGGACUCGUUUGAGCGCUCCUCCGUGUAAAGUGCAUUUUUUUUUUUAAUUAACGAACCUUUUCCGACAAAUUUGGCUUAACAAUAUUGCAUUUAACCUUGCCAUCAAACCAUGUGUGCAUGCCGCGUAAGAACACCGAAUAAAAUCCGCUCCUUGCUGAAGGUAACCGGGCUGGCGGCGGGCGUCUUCAGCGCGUACAGCGUGUGCCGGGGCGAUGAGAAAUUCUACAACAACGUGUUCAUGCCGAUCGUCCGGCUGAUACCGCCGGAAACGGCCCACGAUCUGGCGGUGCUGGGCGUCAAGUGGAAGCUGUUCCGCCCACCGUACCAGGACACGGACCGGUUGCGCACCCGGCUGCUCGGCAUGGCGUUCAGCAACCCGAUCGGCAUUGCGGCCGGGUUCGACAAGCACGGCGAAGCCGUCCAGGGGCUGCAGCUGAUCGGGUUCGGGUUUGUGGAGAUCGGCUCGGUCACGCCCGAACCGCAGCCGGGCAAUGCGAGACCGCGCAUCUUUCGCCUGAACGAGGACAAAGCGAUCGUCAAUCGGUACGGGUUCAACAGCGAGGGCCACGACGUGGUGUACGAACGGUUGCGGGAGUGCCGCGAACAGCAGCCACCGGACCAGCGUGUCGCCCUCGGGAUCAAUCUGGGCAAGAACAAGCUGUCGCUGGAUGCGAUCGCCGACUACGUGCAGGGCGUGAAGCGGUUCGGGACGUUGGCCGACUAUCUGGUGAUUAACGUGAGCAGCCCCAACACGCCCGGGCUGCGGACGAUGCAAAGCAAGAGCACACUGCAAACGUUGCUGACGGAGGUGCUGAAGGCACGUGCCAGCCUGCCGGCAAAUGAGCAGCGCCCGAUACUGUUGAAGCUGGCGCCGGACCUGUCGGAGGAGGAUCUGCGCGAGAUCGUGGACGUGGUGCGGGCGAAAGCGUGCGCGGUGGACGGGCUGAUCGUGUCGAACACGACGAUCGACCGGCCGGCUACGCUGCGAAGCGUCAAUGCCGGCCAGCUCGGUGGAUUGAGCGGACCGCCGCUGAAGCACCGGUCGACGGCGAUGAUCGCCCGGGUGUACAAGCUGACCGAGGGCAAGAUACCGAUCAUUGGCGUGGGUGGCAUUUUUACCGGCGAGGAUGCGUUCGAGAAGAUUGAGGCGGGCGCGAGCGCGGUCCAGCUGUACACGUCUUUCAUCUUUCACGGGCCGCCGGUGGUGCCGAAAAUUAAGCGCGAGCUGGACCGCCUGCUGGAAGCGAACGGUUACGCCAGCGUGCAGGACGCCGUCGGCAAGGGCGUGGACAAAUAUUUAGCAUAAAAUGUGAUGUGCUCCUCAGGAAUUAGUGUAAGCUACAAAAGUCGAGUCGAAAUAUAUCUGUGUAUUGUAUAUAGUUGCGAAA